CUAUAAAACGAGUAGCCCUACAACAAAACUGCAGUUUCCAGAUGUGUAAGCCGCGAGGUGACAUUAUACAACAGAGGGCUACAAUUUAUCUAGUCAGUCAGUCAGGACGCACGAACAGAUUUUUAUAGAUAGAUUCUUGCAGAUUUCAGAGAUGUGCGACUUGAACGUUGACUGCGAUUCCGCGUCUUGCUCCUCUGUCUCCUCCACUGAAGACACUCUCGCGAUCAACCACCAGCGGUCUCCAGCUGAGUCUGUCUCCCGCGCAUCGGUGUCCUCGAUGCAAAAUGUGCAGGAAUCGGGUAGAGGGAGAACUGUGCCAGGUUCUUCUUUUGUUCCAGCUGUCACGUCGUUGAUGUCCACAGCGGACAUGCAGCGGAUGGUCCAACCGACCGUCAACACAGCAGUCUCCCCAUCAUCAGGCGCUACAAGGCACAGAAGAGCACGGUGCCUUUCCGAAUCGUCUUCCUCAGAAAGCGACAGCAACGAAAAAUCCCGCAGAAAAAGACAAAAAGAUAAAUUGUCCCCAGAAGAAGAUGAGAAGAGGAGGCUCAGGAGAGAAAGAAAUAAAAUUGCUGCAGCCAAGUGUCGCAACAGAAGAAGAGAUCUUACAGACACAUUACAAGCAGAAACUGACAAGCUUGAGGAGGAGAAAGCCACUCUGCAAGCUGAGAUAGAUAAUCUCAUGAGAGAGAAAGAAGAGCUUGAGAUUGUUUUAUCAGCCCACCAGCCUACCUGCACAAUUACAAAGGAUGAGGAAGAGAUGCAGCAGAGGCCCCAGAGCUCGCCUCAGCACCUGCCCUCCGCCCUUGACCCCAGCAAGGCCCCUGAGGUGCUUCCCUCCCUCCAGGACCUGGAAAUGCAUCCCAACGGUAUCUUGUCGACCACUGCGAUCUUGGGCAACUCUAAUAUCCUGCUAUGCUCCAGUGCUCUGGGGGCCACAUCCGAGUUUGAAGCCUUCCUUGGCGUUCAGGAAGAGUCUGUGAAGGAUCUUAACUCGGAAUCAGAGAGCAGUGGCCAUGAUGUGGCCCCUGCUGUCCCCGACAUUGACCUCACCAACUCCCUCGGCAUCUCAGACUGGGAGACGCUCUACAAGUCCAUGGCAGACAACCUGGAGAUCCUCAACAGCCCCAUUGUAAUCUCCAGCCCCACCUGUGGCAGUAGCCUUCAUGGGUUUGAGUUCAAAUACCCGGAUUUUGACAGCUUGGCAGAUGACUGUGAAUGUGGCAGUCAAAUAAAAGGCAGAUCGGAUAUGGUUAAAGAUAUUCUAAACUCCCCAACGCUUUUGGCUCUGUAGAAUUUAAGUGUCGGCAGAGAAGUUUUAGGUAGACCAGGGAAACAGGGGGG